CAAUCACGUGACACAGGCAUGUCCCAACUGUUCUGAAUUUUUCCUCAGCCAGGACCCUUCCUUCAGUCAGUUGUGCGACUUUGGAGGGGGAACUUUUUCCCUACCCAGUCAUUGAAAUCCCAGUGCGGAGUCACAAGGAGCGACGAGCAAUUGAGGCCAAUUCUGCGCACGUUUGAUCACAAGGAAUUUCUCCAAAAUGCCUCGGGGCAGGUCACUUUCAGUGACUUCUUUAAGUGGCCUUCCCGACUGGGAGGAUGAGAAUUUACCCGUGGAAGAUCUAAUGCUCUUUGAGGUGUCUUGGGAAGUCACUAACAAAGUUGGUGGUAUCUACACUGUAAUACAAACAAAGGCCAAGAUCACAGCAGAUGAAUGGGGAGAAAACUAUGUGCUGAUUGGUCCAUAUUAUGAGCAUAAUGUGAAGACACAAGUGGAAGUGUUUGAACCAAAUAACUAUGCCAUAAAGAAGACAAUGGAUUUCAUGAGGUAUCAGGGAUUUCGGGUUUGUUUUGGCAGAUGGUUGAUCGAGGGUAACCCAUGCGUACUGCUCUUUGACAUUGGAUCGGCAACGUGGAACCUGGACAAAUGGAAAGGAGAAUUCUGGGAUGCUUGCAACAUUGGCAUCCCACAUUAUGAUGGCGAAUCAAAUGACGCUAUAAUUUUUGGAUUUUUAACUGCCUUCUUUUUGAAAGAGCUUGCUGAACAAUUCCAUGACAAGCCCAACAUCAUUGCCCACUUUCACGAGUGGCAGGCAGGUGUGGGAUUGAUUCUGAGCAGAGUACGAAAGUAUCCCAUCGCAACAAUCUUCACCACCCACGCCACAUUGCUGGGCAGGUAUUUGUGUGCUGGCAACACUGACUUUUACAACCAACUCGAUAAGUUUGAUGUUGACAAGGAAGCAGGAGAAAGACAGAUCUACCAUCGCUACUGCAUAGAAAGAGCGACAGCCCACUGUGCACACGUAUUCACAACGGUCUCUGCCAUCACCGCAGUUGAAGCAGAGAACAUGAUCAAGAAAAAGCCAGAUGUAAUCACACCUAAUGGAUUGAACAUCAAGAAGUUCUCUGCCAUGCACGAGUUUCAGAAUCUGCAUGCCCUGUACAAGUCUCGCAUCCAAGAAUUUAUUCGGGGCCACUUCUAUGGCCACCUGGAUUUCAAUUUGGAAAAGACGCUCUUCUUCUUCAUUGCUGGCAGAUAUGAAUUUACAAAUAAAGGGGCUGACCUCUUCAUGGAAGCUUUGUCAAGGUUAAACUUCCUCCUUAGGGUUCAGAAAUGUGAUGUAACGGUUGUGGUAUUUUUCAUAAUGCCCGCCAAAACUCACAACUUUAAUAUCGAAACCUUGAAGGGGCAGGCAGUCAGGAAACAGCUAUGGGAUACUGCCCAUUUAGUCAAGGAGAAAUUCGGAAAGAGACUCUAUGAAGCAUUGUUAAAAGGGGAAACUCCAGACAUGACCAAGUUCCUCGAUCGGGAUGACAUGACUAUAAUGAAAAGAGCCAUUUAUGCAACGCAGCGUCACACAUUGCCUCCAGUGACCACCCACAACAUGCUCGACGAUGACAAGGACCCCAUUCUCAACACCAUCCGACGAAUCGGACUAUUCAACAACCGGGCUGACAGGGUCAAGGUUGUUUUUCACCCUGAGUUUCUAUCAUCCACAAGUCCACUUUUACCCAUGGACUAUGAGGAGUUUGUCCGAGGCUGUCAUCUUGGAGUAUUUCCAUCCUAUUAUGAGCCUUGGGGAUAUACUCCUGCUGAGUGCACAGUGAUGGGAAUUCCCAGUGUGACCACCAACCUCUCUGGCUUUGGUUGUUUCAUGCAGGAACAUGUGGCAGAUCCAACAGCUUAUGGGAUUUAUAUCGUUGAUCGGAGAUUCCGGUCUCUCGAGGACUCGUGCAAUCAGUUGACUCAGUUCAUGUUUGGGUUCUGCAAGCAGUCACGUCGCCAGAGGAUUAUCCAGAGGAAUCGGACCGAACGGCUUUCAGAACUUCUAGACUGGAGAUACCUGACCAGGUAUUACGUGCAUGCCCGCCAUCUUGCAUUAUGUAAAGCGUUCCCAGAAAAGUUUCAGAUGGAGCCGACUGCGCCACCACUGACGGAAGGUUUCAGAUAUCCCCGGCCAGCCUCUGUGCCCCCAUCCCCAUCUGUGUCUUUGCCUUCAAGUCCACACGAGAGUGAUGAUGAGAAUAUUGAGCGGUAUGAUGAGGAGGAGGAGGCAGAGAAGGAUCGAAGGAACAUUAAAGCACCUAUAGGGAUGAACCAGUCAAAUACGGAGUACCAAAACUGAGUUGAUGGCUAACAUAGCCCUUUGAAGUUUCACUUACAAUAUCUUGAUGGGAAAGUGGAAAUGUGAAAGCUAGCAAACUAAAUCCAAAUAAUGUGGUUAUGCAUUCUCAACUAUAUCAAGGCCAGAAUCUUUUAUGAAAGACCCGUUUGCAAACACACAGUGAACUUACAGUGAAAUUACAAUAAUUAGGGAAGAGAUGGUGCAUUUCCCCCAUUCCUGCUGCAGUUUAUCAAGCUAGGUCCGUAUGAAUUAUGCACUUUGCUGUACGUCUGAUUAUGUCAUCCACCUCUCGGCAUUACAGAAGUUAAUUCCAGUAAUAGCUUUCCACUUUAAGGAAAAAUGAACUGUCAAAACCGUCCUUGAUUCUAUUGCACACACCAUCUCCACAAAUUUGUUAGAAAAAUUUUAAGAAUGUAACAUUACAUGAUAUUUGGUCUUUGGGAAAUAUUUUCUGUAAUCGGUUUUUGAAUUGAAGGCAUGGCUGGCAAUGAUUUUUAUCACUAAAUGCCCAAUGCUUUAGAAUCCAUGAAUUGAAGGACCUCCCAAGAUUUGUCAUUUGAACUGGUAUUUCAGUGUAGAGGUUGAAGUUUAUUAUUACUACUUUUGACACACACACAGUAUUAGUAAACAAAACCAGUUUGUAAUAGUGUGAUUGGAAGCACUUUUUUGGAUGCUAAUCAUCAUUGUUGUGGGUGAGGGCAGUAGUUGACCCAUUCACUGAAGACCACUUACAACACUACUUUCACCACCGAGCACUUGCCCAUCCCAACCCCCGUAUGAAAUGGGGCACGUUAAUCAUCCUAUCCCCGAUACAAAAGAAGACAAUAUAAUUUGAAAUUGACUCCUUCACAAUAAUGCAGCUGAGAAUCUUUUCUAUAACCGGAGAUUAUCAACUUGAAACUGGUGACAUGUUACUUGAAGAAAGACAAGAUAUUCCUGCUGUAUAACCUGCUUUUUUUUU